CCUAUACUGUUGUGUAAAUUUUUUAAGAAAUAGGGAUUUUAUAUUGUUUAUACUACAAUCAAUUGUAUUAUUACUAAUUUAUAAAUUAUAUACUACACCUAGAUUUUAAGUACAUGAGAUAAAGUAAAUUUUACUAAAUUAGUCCUUCCUAAAUAUACUACGUUGCUUUUGCUGCAACCGGCAGCUAGAUCGCUUCUUUAUUAUUGUAAUUAGAAAUGUGAAGGGUCAAUUGCUGUAAUGUUCAGGACAUCAGAUUAAUGAGAUCGUAAACUGUAGACCAUCUUACAAUUCAUUACCAAGUUUGACUUCGUCGCUAGUGGUCAGCACAGGAAUUCAAGAUGAGUGAAGAAAGGGUUAAGAUGCGGAAACAGCUAGGGCUGUUGGAGGGGGUAGCUAUAAUCUUGGGCAUCAUAUUUGGGAGUGGAAUUUUUAUAUCCCCUAAGGAGGUUCUGGAAAACACAGGCUCAGUGUGGGGGGCCCUGUCAGUGUGGGCUGCUUGUGGAUUGUUGGCUACUCUGGGUGCUUUGUGCUAUGCAGAAUUAGGUACUACUUUGGCUCAAAGUGGAGGUGAUUACCACUACAUCAAUGAAGCUUAUGGAUCACUGCCGGCAUUUCUUUACCUAUGGGAUGCUAAUUUGGUAUUUGUACCAAGCACAAAUGCUAUUAUGGCAUUGACUUUUGCUAACAACUUAUUGGAGCCUAUAUUUCCAAAUUGUCCAAUUGAGCCAUUAAGCCAGAAAUUAAUUGCAGCAGUAACUAUUUGUUUCCUUACAUUUAUAAAUGCAUAUGAUGUUCGGUUUACUACUAGACUACAAAAUGUCUUCAUGUUCACAAAAAUAUCCGCAUUGUUUAUUAUAAUUAUUGGCGGUAUUGUGUGGUUGUGCCAAGGAAGGGUCGAGAAUUUUGAAGAUGGUUGGGCGGGAACUAAAACCUCAGUUAGUGACUGGUCUGUUGCCUUCUACUCAGGAAUAUUUUCGUAUUCUGGAUGGAGUUACUUGAAUUUCAUGACGGAAGAGCUGAGGGAUCCGUUCGUGAACUUACCGCGCGCUAUUUACCUGUCUCUACCGCUAGUGACCGCCAUUUAUUUGCUGGCGAACGUCGCCUAUCUGGCCGUGUUGGGACCUACCGGAGUCAGGGCUACUGAAGCUAUUGCUGUCGAUUUCUCCAUAGCCGCUUUGGGCUGGGUGCGGUACGCCAUGCCGUCACUCGUCGCGAUUGCUAUCCUGGGCGGGCUGACGGUGCACAUCAUGACGUCAUCGCGGAUGUGCUUCGCGGGCGCCAGGAACGGCCACAUGCCCGAACUACUAGCGCACAUUAACAUCAAAUGCAUGUCUCCGUUGCCAUCGCUAAUUUUUUUGAUGAUGAUUUCAUUAAUAAUGCUAAUUCCUAGCAAUUUGACGUCGCUGAUCACGUACUGCACCAUAGUGGAAUCCUUUUUCACCACCCUCAGUUGCAGUGCCGUGUUGUGGCUGCGAUAUAAGAAACCUGACUUGCCCAGGCCUAUCAAGGUGCCGACAUGGAUGCCGGUGGUGUUCGUGUCGCUGUGCGCGGUGCUGCUGGUGGUGCCGGUGCGCGCCGAGCCGGUGGCCGUGCUGGCGGGCGCGCUCAUGACGCUGGCCGGCGUGCCCGUCUACUACGCCUUCGUGCGCCGGCGCCCCCAGUGGCUUGUCCCGAUCGCUACUAAAUUCACACACGGGUGCCAAAAGCUGUUCCUAUCCGCUGUAGAAGACAAAGAAGACUGAAUCCUAAGAUUUAACUCAUUGUCAGUGUCAUUGAAUCUCAAGUUCUCUCUCUUCUGUUGUACAGUCUCACGUUGUUGAUUUUUAUGUACUUUUAUGCUCUUAUUAUUAGUAACUAUCCUCUAGAAUAUUUUUGAUCUGCUUUGUGUGAUUUAGUUGGACUUAGGUUUGCAUUGUUUUCUAAUUUUAAAUGUUUUGAACAUUAAUGUAAGUAUUUAUGUGUGAUUUUUAUUUAGGUACCUCAUGGUAAAAAAAACACACAUACCAAAAUAACUUUAAUUAAGAGUAUGCUCUUCUACAGAAAUAAUUUGUUAUUAUACUCGUAGAAUUUAUAAGAGAUCUUUUUCCGACCUAGUUAUAUAUUUACUCGGAUUCUCAAUUCAUCUUAAAUAGGCCCCGCGGAGGGCCGUCAGGCCCGGACUCGGAGUAAUUAACAAUGGAGCCGCCUUUAACAGGCGUUCCCCUCUGUCGAAAAUAGGCGGCCAAUGGUCAACCUCAUGUCAACCAUACGUAUGGACUGACGUUUAUCUGACAUGCCUUACCUAUACAUUUGAUGUGCCCCUCCCCCGCAAAAAACGGCAGACUAUUUUGUACCGAAAAUUUUAGACAUGGCGUCUCCGUUGGUUAUAUCCUCUAAGGGCCCGGAGCUUCAUCCCGAAUGUCCAAGCAUGCUCCACCCCCAGUAAUAUAUUACCUAUAUUAGCAGUAUGUCUCUCAGUUGUCGCUGUAUAACUGUUGUAAUCCGUACAAAGGGGCCAGGUGUGAUAGAUAGGAUGUCCCGUGGAACUCUAUUAAAACAAAUUAAAUGUACACUACCUAUUUGUAGAGAUUAGCCAGCUAUUUACAGCUUUUACCUAAUCUUAACUAUUUCAGCCAGCUAUUAUACUUCAGCAAUUUUAAUACCUUGAUUCAUAUUAUUAACUAUUUUACUAAGAAAUGUUAAUAUAUCUACCUUUUUACCCUAUCGUUAUAACGCCCAUGAAGUAAAAGAAAGCGUUGAUUUAUAAAGGGAAAUAGAAAAAUACAUGAUUUAAGGGACAGUGGGGAUAAAACAAAAGAUUAUAAACAAGAGUAUUAAAAACGAUCAAUAGCUUCGAAACUAGUAACUAAAAUAGCUAAAUAAAAUAUAUAAUCAUAAUUAUUAUGAAUUAUGAUUGUAAUGUUACGUUUGCGUUAUUCUGAGUGAUGGCUUUUUUUUUCAAUUUGUACUUAUAAAAAGAUGUAGCCGUAGCUACCUCCUUGUAUUCAAUUGUAUUACUUAAAUUAUAUCUAAGUAGGUACCUAUUAACUGUGUGAGAUCAUAGACUUUUGUGCUUUUUUUACCUCAUUAUCGUUGUGACUGAAAAAUUAAUCUCUGAAUCAAGUAUUUUAUGAAAUACCUGUACCUGUUAGUGUAGACAUAAGAGGACUCUCUCGCUAAUCUGCUCAUGUAUAUCACAAGUUUUGUAUUAAUGUAUAGUGAAAAUAACUGUAUAUUGGUAGCUUUUUUACAAAUUAAUAUACAAUGGU